GUUUUAUCUCCCUUGUCUAAGAACCUCUUCCACCGGGCUAUCUCUGAGAGUGGUGUGUCCCUCACCUUUGGUCUGGUCAAGAAGGAAAUGAGCGCUGCAGCUCAGAAAAUCGCUUUCUUUGCUGGUUGUAAGACAACCACUUCAGCUGUCCUUGUUCACUGCCUGCGCCAGAAGACAGAGGAAGAGCUUUUGGACGUGUCGCUGAAGAUGAAAUUUUUCUCUCUUGAUUUACUUGGAGACCCCAGGGAGAGCCACCCAUUCCUGCCCACUGUGGUUGAUGGAGUGCUGCUGCCGAAGACCCCUGAAGAGAUGCUGGCUGAAAAGAACCUGAACACUGUUCCCUACAUGGUUGGAAUCAACAAGGAUGAGUUUGGUUGGCUUCUGCCAAUGAUGAUGGGCUACCCACUCUCAGAAGGCAAGCUGGACCAGGAGUCAGCCACAUCUCUCCUAUGGAAGUCCUAUCCUGUUGUUAAUGUCCCCGAGGGACUGACUGCAGCGGCCACUGAGGAGUAUUUAGGAGGGACAGACGACCCUGUCAAAAAGAAAGACCUGUUCUUGAAAAUGAUGGCAGAUUUGAUAUUUGGUGUCCCCUCUGUGAAUGUGGCCCGUAGUCACAGAGAUGCCGGAGCCCCCACCUACAUGUAUGAGUACCAGUACAGCCCAAGCUUCUCGUCAGAGCUGAAACCCAAGGUGUCAGACCACGGGGAUGAGCUCUUCUCGGUCUUCGGAGCCCCAUUUUUAAAAGAAGGUGCCUCUGAAGAGGAGAUCAAACUCAGCAAGAUGGUCAUGAAAUUUUGGGCCAACUUUGCUCGGACUGGGAACCCCAAUGGGGAGGGGCUGCCACACUGGCCAGCAUAUGACCAGAAGGAAGGGUACCUGCAGAUUGGAGCCACCACACAGGCAGCCCAGAAGCUGAAAGACAAGGAAGUGGCUUUCUGGGCUGAACUCCUGGCCCAGGAGGCCGCAGAGAAGCCGCCACACACAGAGCACAUUGAGCUGUGAGCAGCAGGCCUGACUGGCCUCAACGCCCAGGAGGGCCCAGGAGGGUUUCUACGGGAGGCAUUUAUGGGCCAAAGAGGUGAAUUCUCAUGGAGACUGGGCAAUUUCUGGUGGGGAAGGGCACA